AUGUCUACUUCUAAGGGUCGUCUUCAGGGCAAGAACGCCAUUGUCACCGGUGCUGCUGGUGGCAUUGGUCUGGAGACCACCAUUCUUUUUGCCCGUGAGGGUGCCAACAUUCUCCUCGCCGAUAUUUCAGAGCCCGCGCUGGCCAAGGCUCUCAACAAGGUCAAGGAGGUCGUUCCCAACGCUGGUCGUCUGGAAACAAUCCGCUGCGAUGUGUCCAAGGAGGCCGACGUGCAGGCCAUGGUCGAGUCCGUCGACAGCUGGGGUGGUGCCGACAUUGUCUUCAACAACGCCGGUAUAAUGCACGCAGAUGAUGCCGAUGCGGUGGACACCGCCGAGAAGAUCUGGGAUCUGACUCAGAGUAUCAACGUCAAGGGUGUCUGGUUCGGCUGCAAGCACGCCGUGCUGAGCUUCCGCCGCAACAAUAAGAAGACCGCGAGCGUCAUCAACACUGCAAGCUUUGUCGCUCUCAUGGGUGCUGCCACCCCUCAGCUGGCCUACACGGCUAGCAAGGGUGCUGUUUUGGCAAUGACUCGGGAACUGGCCAUUGUCCACGCCCGUGAGGGCUUCCGCUUCAACUCCCUCUGCCCUGGUCCGCUCAACACCCCUCUUCUCCAGGACUGGCUCGGCGACGACCACGCCAAGCGUUUCCGCCGUGAGGUGCACUUCCCCAGCGGUCGCUUCGGUGAGGCGGUCGAGCAAGCGCACGCCGUUGUCUUCUUGGCCAGUGACGAGAGCAGUUUCGUCAACGGUACUGACUUUGUGGUGGACGGUGGUCUGAGCAAGGCGUAUGUCACCGCGGAAGGUCCCGCCCCCGCGGCGCCAAAGAACCUUGCCCACUAA